AUGGUUUACCAUGGGCCCCCCUCCGGCGGUUCUCCGUCAUCGGAACCAACCCAGGGUCCAUUGCCUGCUCGACGCGCUACCGAGCCGACUCGUCGUCGUGGGGCUGGUGGACUGGAGCAAUCUCUAUUCGGGCCUGGAGGAGCUGCUGCGGAGAGCCAGAGCGAUGUCGUUGAUAGAAUGGAUAUUGAUCAGGAAAUCGACGACUCUAUCCUCGUCCGUGGUUAUCAUUCGCGGUGCCGCAAUGCUCAGACGAGUCAACCUUACUGCCUCCACAUCCUUGAGUUCGACUUGGUAGGUUACACUCCGUACAUGACUGACGUCGAGGUGCUGCGGAAGGCGAGGGAUAUAAUCCUGAAGGUUCUGUCUAUCUCAUCAGACUCCAGCACUAUCAACGAUAACCGCCCACUAGGGAACAUUUGUUUCCGAGUGACUCUCAAGUCCAGCGACAUCGACAGCCGCAACGCCUACUUCGUGGUCAACAACCGUCUCCUCAAAAUUCAUGACAUGUUGGACCUGGAGUUCCCCUGGUUUCGCGGGCUGCCUUGGAUUUCUUCCAAUUUCAAAGUCGAGCGCGUCGAUCAAGGCCGUCGUUCUUCUACUUAG